GUAGUGCUCUGCCGUACACCGCCGUCGCCUUCACGAGACCUUUUAUUAAUACCUCACGUGAGGAGACCGAUCGUCAAAACAAAUUAAACUCCAAAGAAAGAAAGAAAGAAACUGCGGGCAGAGGCCGGAGAUCAUAUCGAUCAAUAUAAAAAAUGAACCCUUGGCCAUCAGCUCCUCCGGCGCCGCCGCCGUUUACCGGUGACGAUUCAAACGCGGCGGCGGGGGAGAAAUCCUCCGGGGAAAAAAUAUUCCACAAUAUACUCCUCAUGUCAUACAAGUACAAUGACAACAAUAACCUCAUGCUCGCCGCCGUCAUCUCAUUGCUUCUCGUUAUCCUCAUCGUCUUGCUCCUCCACGUCUACGCCAGGUGCUUCUUCUCCCCCUCUCGCCACCACCGCGUCGCCGCCGAUAAUCACGUCGUCCUCGUCGGCAUCACCCCGGCCGCCUUGCCGGAAAAUAAGCGCAAGGGUCUGGGGAGAUCGGACAUUGCUAGGAAUAUUCCUCUUUUUGUGUACGAGGGAAAUGGGGAGGAAGAAGAAGAUGAGGGGUGUGUGAUUUGUUUGAGUGGCUUUGAGGAUGGAGAUUUGGGAAGGAAGUUGCCCAAAUGCAGCCAUGCAUUCCAUGCAGAUUGUAUCGAUAUGUGGCUGUUUUCCCACCCUUCUUGCCCGGUUUGCCGUGCUCCGGUGGUUACGGGUGGCGAUCUAGAAAAUGACGGCGGCGGAGAAGCAGCUUCUGCGGUUGUUCCGCCGUAGCUUCUUCGUUAGUUUUAAAAUGGUUAAUUAUUAUGUGAUUAAUUAAAUGCGUAAUGAACUACAAUUAGAAAUUAGAAAACGCAUUCAACAAAAACGGGAGAGCCAUUAUUUCGAUCUAUCUUCAUUCUCUUGUUUUCUUGUGUUGAAGGCAUCACUAAAAUUGGUUUCAUCAACUUCCUCUUACCUAAAUAAACUUCCACUCUCACUUUUUUUAUGUCUCCAAAUAAGUUUUUCUUUUCCCUUAGAAAAUUUCUUUUACCCCUUGCUUUUUCAUACAAUAUCUAUCGCAUCAUAUCUUUUUACUAAUAAGCUACAUAUCACAUC